AUGUUUCUCGUGGCUUUCAUAUUUUGCGAUGAGGAUCUUAUUCGAGACGCGGGAUUCGGUGACCGGGUUGCGGCACGUAAAUAUCACUAUCUACGUGCCAAGACGUUGUAUGAUGUUGACCACGAGACUGAUGGGGAUAUUCUCGCUGCUUCGCUUCACCUCUUGGGAUUCUGGUGGAACGGACCAGAUGAUCAGAAAGAUGCAUGGUUCUGGUUGGGUUGUGCAACAUCAUAUGCCCAGUCUCUUGGUUUGCAUCGCUCAACCGUCGCCUCUAGACUCAGUCCUGAGAAGAGGUCGCUGCGUAAGCGCAUUUGGUGGUCCAUAUACACUCGCGAUCGACAUACUGCCGCAUGUCUAGGCAAGCCAUGCAGAAUUCGAGAUGAGGACUGCGAUAUCGAAGCAGUCAGCGAAGCGGACCUUUACUUCGACGAUGUCAUAGACGAUCCUGUGAUACCACCUCAGAAAGAAUACCACACAGCCUUCUUUGUCGAGAUGUGCAAAGUUGCUGAAAUUCUUGGGGAUAUCGUUAUUGGAGAAUUUAGUCCUCGCCGUCUCGCAUUGGAAUGCUACGAAGUGCCCAAUCUGAAAGCCAGACUUGAGCAAUGGGAGUCCCAAUUGCCAAAGUGCAUGCAAAAGGCGCCACUUGAUGAGACGUUGGGAGAAGCAUUCUGGGCUACACAGCUGCACAUGGCCUACCAGAACUACUUUAUACUCUUAUUUCGACCGAAAGCUAUCGAGGACAUGUCACCAGUAGAAGCCGAAAGGGAUAAGACAGCACGAGGUGCGGCUGACUACAUCACCCGCAUGACAGAAGACCUCAUUGCUGUCGGAACAUUGCGCUACACCCAGAUGCACAUUGAACUAGCAAAAUCUUGGCCCAUUGGCCUAUGGAUAACCAAGUUAUUCGUGAACCUUUUGAGACGUCUUACAGGCCAGGGCUCGGCGUUGUCAGCGGGAUCAAUAGUCGAUGUGAGGUCUCGCAUCGCCAAUGGUAGUGGUGUCAACGAGGGUCCCGCUCUAGAUUUAUCUCGAAGUGGUAAUGGGUUGCAGAUUUCGGAUGAAGGAAUGAACGGGUUCAGCCAGCAGAAUAAUGGUUUAUUUGACAAUACUAACGGUUCAGGGACAGGAGAGCACCAGGUACACGAUAUGCUACAGCAGCCUUCUGAUCAGUUUGGGUUUGACUCUUUCUGGGCGGAGGAUACCAUUGACGUCGAUUUGCUUCUUCAGAAUGGACUUUGCCCGUUGCUUCCAGCGGAUUUCGGUCUUAUGCCUCCAGGUACAUUUGGUAUAUGA